UGCCUCCGUCCGUCUCUGCCAGGCAUGGUGGCAACCUCACACCUUCCCUUUGCUGCAUUUCUGUAACUGCUUUGAAAAAAAUUCCUCUCUUCUUCCCUCGUUGGAAACCACCACAACCAGCUCCUCAGAGUGUGCCACAGAGUCAAGAGGCUCUCGGGCCAGAAGGCCUGAGAAGAGGACUGUCGCACCGUAAGAUCGCCACAUCCGGUCCCUGGUUACUAUGGUAACAGCUGCAGGCACAACUUCGUGCCCUCUGACCUCCCUCCAAAGUCCUUGUCCCGCUUGGGUUUCCCUUCUCGUCCCCUUUUGCACUUAUCUGUAAACCUGCUCCUUAUCAUCGUUCUCACAAGGAAUUUGGGUCCCAGCAGGUCGGCACCCAGGACUCUUCAGACCGCCGCCCUCCCCUAAAGACCUCUGACCGUGCCCCCGGUGUAGCCCAGCAACCUGGCUUCCUAUCCGGGACGCACAGUCUCGAUUUUCCACGAAGGUCAAGCCCGAGGGUUGGAUUUGUAGUCUCAGCGAGUCCACGCCCCGUCUCCCCUAGGUAGUAGGCCCCGCCCUCCACUCCACCGGCCCCUCCAGGUGAGUGGUAGCUUCUCCCGGGAGCGCAAGGUAGUGAUGACACGCGUCCCCCCUUCUCCGAACGCGAGUUGGUAGCGUCCGUGACGGAGUUAGCCCGGUCCUCCCACGCGCGCCUCCUCCUUCGCCGCCGGGGCGCCCUGUCGGUGCCACUGGCUCUCACGUGCCAGUAGCCCACCCCGCAUCAUCCUCUCCCCUAGCUCCUGGAGGGAAGUGACUGUAUAUCUCCCUCGUUCGCCUUCCAUCGCGGCCGCCGCGGCAAUUCGGUCGGGCCCGCCCGCUGACGUCACCUGCUAGCUCCGCCUCCUCUAGGGUCCCGGGCCCCUGCGGCGGGGGCUGCCCCGGGGGGCAGUCAGUUGAGGCGGCGGGAGCUCGGCGGAGGGCGGGCCAGGUGACUGGUCCGGGCCAUGCCGAGGAAGAAGCCCUUCAGCGUGAAGCAGAAGAAGAAGCAGUUGCAGGACAAGCGGGAGCGGAAGAGAGGGCUUCAAGAUGGGCUACGCUCCAGUUCCAACAGCCGCAGCGGGAGCCGGGAGCGGCGGGAGGAACAGACCGACACCUCGGACGGGGAGUCUGUGACCCAUCAUAUCCGCAGGCUUAACCAGCAGCCUUCUCAGGGGCUGGGUCCGCGAGGCUACGACCCAAAUCGAUACCGACUGCAUUUUGAAAGAGACAGCAGGGAGGAGGUAGAAAGGAGAAAGAGAGCAGCCCGUGAGCAAGUUUUACAGCCGGUCAGCGCUGAAGUGUUGGAGCUGGACAUCCGGGAGGUCUAUCAGCCUGGCUCAGUUCUGGACUUUCCUCGACGUCCUCCUUGGAGUUAUGAGAUGUCCAAGGAGCAACUAAUGAGCCAAGAGGAACGGAGCUUCCAAGAGUAUCUUGGGAAGAUUCAUGGGGCUUACUCCUCUGAGAAACUCAGCUACUUUGAGCACAAUCUGGAGACAUGGAGGCAGCUGUGGCGGGUGUUAGAGAUGUCUGACAUUGUCCUGCUUAUCACUGAUAUCCGACAUCCAGUUGUGAAUUUCCCGCCAGCACUUUAUGAGUACGUGACUGGAGAACUUGGGUUGGCCCUCGUGCUGGUUUUGAACAAGGUGGAUCUGGCCCCGCCAGCUCUUGUGGUUGCCUGGAAGCACUAUUUCCACCAACACUAUCCCCAGCUCCAUGUUGUCCUUUUCACCUCUUUCCCUCGGGACCCCCGCACUCCACAGGACCCUAGUAGUGUCUUGAAGAAGAGUCGGAGGCGGGGGAGAGGAUGGACUCGGGCCCUGGGGCCAGAGCAGUUGCUGAGAGCCUGUGAAGCCAUCACUGUGGGGAAAGUGGACUUGAGCAGCUGGCGGGAGAAGAUUGCUCGGGAUGUGGCUGGGGCCACCUGGGGUAAUGGCUCUGGGGAGGAGGAGGAAGAAGAGGAUGGGCCAGCAGUCCUGGUGGAGCAGCAGACUGAUUCAGCGAUGGAGCCAACUGGCCCAACCCGGGAGCGCUACAAGGAUGGGGUGGUGACCAUCGGUUGUGUGGGUUUCCCUAAUGUGGGAAAGUCCUCGCUGAUCAAUGGGCUGGUGGGGCGGAAAGUUGUGAGUGUCUCCAGAACCCCAGGCCAUACCCGAUACUUUCAGACCUACUUUCUUACCCCAUCCGUGAAGCUUUGUGACUGCCCGGGCCUCAUCUUCCCAUCUCUUCUGCCUAGGCAGUUGCAGGUUCUGGCAGGGAUCUACCCCAUUGCCCAGAUCCAAGAGCCCUAUACCGCUGUGGGCUACCUGGCCUCCCGAAUCCCCGUGCAGGCCCUGCUCCACCUGCGCCACCCAGAGGCUGAGGACCCCUCAAUGGAACACCCCUGGUGUGCCUGGGACAUCUGUGAAGCCUGGGCAGAGAAACGUGGUUACAAGACAGCCAAGGCAGCUCGGAAUGAUGUGUACAGAGCAGCCAAUAGUCUCUUGCGGCUGGCAGUGGAUGGCCGCCUCAGCCUGUGUUUUCAUCCCCCAGGCUACAGUGAACAGAAAGGCACCUGGGAGUCCCAUCCAGAGACCACGGAGCUGGUGGUUUUGCAGGGCAGGGUGGGGCCAGCAGGUGACGAGGAGGAGGAGGAAGAGGAAGAGCUGAGCAGCUCCUGUGAGGAGGAGGGAGAGGAGGACCGGGAUGCGGAUGAGGAGGGAGAAGGGGAUGAGGACACCCCAACCUCAGCUCCAGGGUCCAGCCUGGCUGGCCGAAACCCUUAUGCCCUGCUGGGUGAGGAUGAGUGCUGAGUUCCUCACCCAGUGCCAUCUUCCCACCCAAUAUCUUUGCUUUUGGACUGACCUGGGGGUAACUCCCCUCUGCUGCCCCAAUUGUGAAUAAAGAUUGUUUGCUUUGUA